ACCCCGAACGGUCGCAGGCGCGCAGCAAUAACUCGUCAUCAACACUCGACACACAGGCGCCAGUAAACCUGCAAUAAUGCUUUUCUACUCGUUUUUCAAGUCGCUGGUGGGCAAAGAUGUGGUGGUGGAGCUCAAAAACGACUUGAGCAUCUGCGGAACGCUUCAUUCUGUUGACCAGUACCUGAACAUCAAGCUCACAGACAUCAGUGUCACCGAUCCAGAGAAGUAUCCACACAUGCUGUCCGUGAAAAACUGUUUCAUCCGUGGAUCGGUGGUCCGGUACGUCCAGCUGCCCGCAGAUGAGGUGGACACUCAGCUCCUGCAGGACGCUGCACGAAAAGAAGCGAUGCAGCAGAAGCAGUGAUUGACCCGAAGGACAGGGUCCAGUCUGGACUGGGUGGGGUUUCGAUGGGGGGGAUUUUGUGAAAGUGAAUUACUAUAUAGAUUUGAGUUACAUUCAAGAUAAUAUGGUUUCUGCCGCUCUUGUAAUUUAAGCAGUAUUGGUCAUGUUCCUCGACUUUCACAAGGAACUCAAUUGCAUUUCUGACGGCAGCAAUCAAUAAUUUUGCAACAGUAGUUAUUGGAAAUGGUCUUCAACUGUGCAGGAAGGCUUCAUUUCAUACUGCCUUUUAGAAAUGGGACUAAAUUAAAUUGUUCGAGCCCAGACGAGGUAAGGAUCUGUGGGCAAGUUUGUUGAGUAAAACAAGCAGUUAUUUACCUUUUUUUUUUAAUGCCUUGUUUUUUUUUAUGCCACUUAAAAAUAAAAUGCUAUUUUAUUUA